AUGGCUUUUGCCCGCAAACCUCGGCUACCACGCGAACCUCGGCCAUUACGCGUACCUCGGCCUCAACGCGCCCUUUUUUUACCGGCCCAUCCCAUCCCAUCCCAUCCUAGCCUUACAACCUGCAUGUCCGGCAGAGCCACGUAUUUGCAGAACUCGCAUUUUUCACUAUGUACAACCCACGUCACGUUUUUAUCUACUUGCAUAUAUCUUAGUCAGCCGGCACUACCGUCAUGCACGUCACUUCCAAUUCCAUAUCCAAUUUCAAUUAAUCUUCCCGCCCUCCGCCUGCUUGUGCUCCGACGACAUACCCAUGCCAAGACCGAUAGACCCAACUCGUCACAAAUUCCAUUCAUUCAUCACCAGGCUAACGCUUCUUGUCUGGGAUUUUCCGACGACAUACUACGGAAGGCACACACACAUACACACCCAAAAGUCAAAAACUCUCGAUCCUCGCUCGCAGCCUGCACUCGAAAGCAAAAGCACAAGCCAGCAUGGUUACACAUAACCGAGGUGGUCGCUGCGAAAAACUAUCGCCGAUCAGGGGCAAUUACACCAUGCAAUGCAUCACUAAUUCACAAGCAGCGAUUACUUUCAUACACGAGACUCUAG